AUGUCUAGCACCGAGAAGGUCGAUCAGCAAUCGCCGCCACCUACAGCGAGCGACGCCGUCGAACACACCAAGCGCUCCAACAAGCCGGCUUUACUCGUUCGCAGAUCAUCUCUCGGCAGCAAGCUGCCUGAGACAGUCUCCUCUGCGUAUGUUCUCGACUGGGAGGGUGAAAGAUGUAGGCAGCGACUCCUGAGCCAUGCAGAGGAUCUCGUGAGAGAGUCUGUAGGGCGCAGGAAGCUCACCAUCAUCCAAGGGCUUCCGCUGGACUUGGUCCAGGUCUUGAGGGACUCACUAGGUGUCUACCCCGAAUUUCUGGAGGCACACGCUGGGAGGCGGCGAUAUCGGCCGCUGAGGCAGGACAAUGGCGACAGUUUUAUAUCCUUUGAGUAUCCUGAGCUUGUAAGGGUGCAUCGGACUGCGAUCGGGCCAGAUCUGGGGUACAAGCCGUCGGCCAGACAGUCGGACUUGGUGGACGUGAUGGAUGAAGCACCCUUCCAUUCGCUGUCAGGAGAUGGCCUGUCUGUCAUCUUCUCACAUGCAUCCUUGUGGAUGAGCAGCAAAGCUGACGUACUGUUUUUGGAUCGACCGGUCUGGCUUGAUCCAUCUUCGCAGCUCGGAAAAGCUCGGCGACCUCUAUCUGUGACGAGGUCGUGGCAGAGCAAAAUCGAUGAAUCGCAGCUGGAUGGUACUUCUGUGUGGAACGUCUUGAUUGCCGAAGGAGACGAAAUCCCGGGUCUCGAGGACAGCCUGCUGAGAACGUUUCGGUACACAAAGGUGGCCAGGGAAGAGCUUCCCAAUCUCCUGUUUGAGUCGGUAUACGGCAAAUGGCUUGACUUCUUCGAAACGCUUCCUCAGUCGGAUUCACAAGAUGCGUCGUUGUUCUGGCAGGCUACCGAGUCCUUGGAACAAAAUCUCGACGAAUCUCAAGACCCUAGACGGCACCCCAUCAUGGGUGAGAAGCACCAUUCGAGUUGGCGACACCUCCUGGACCGACUGCAGCGUCGCAUCGCUAUAUCACGUCUGGCAACAAUAGCACCGCCCCAGACUUCGUGGCUGCCUUCGACCCGAGGACUAACGACAGCGCAACCACGGACACGAGAUGCAGGCUUACCGGAAAAAAGUGUGCGAGCCCUUCCGAGCUUGCAAGGCCACUACUGGGCGGACGACAAAGAGGCGAACCAGCGCGCUCUGGACCGUGUCACUUAUCUUGGCGGCAUCCUGCUCCCCUUUACCGUGGUGUCGGCGAUUCUCUCCAUGAAUGACGAGUACUCGCCAACUGCGCCUCGGUUCUGGGUGUUUUGGGUUGCCUCGGCUGGUGCGGCCAUCUUAUGUCUGCUCAUCAUCUACUUGGAUCAAUUACGAUGUCUCGAGGUUUACUUCGAGGUUGCGUCUGACAGUAUUGAGUCGGUCCUAUCGUCUGUUGACGGCAAAACUCGUGUCUACAGCAGCGGUGGGAUGGGCAUGCCCCAGUCUAGGUGGAGACGACCGUCGAGGCUGAACACGGAACUGUUUGUCGACAUGCCGCAGCCCGGCGUGGGUGACAUUGAGGUAAUGGCCGACUCGGCAGUCAAUCCGACCAUGAUGGUGCAGCAAUGUAGGGACGGCACAACAACUCCCAAGGCGUGGCAGCGGGGAACGCUGGGAUGGGGUGGUGCGGUGAAGAAGGUUGUUGGCUACUAUCGCUGGAGGGGCGGCAUGCCGGUACAGCUCAGGUCUAACGGGCUGGAAAGGUUUCGAAUGAACGCGAUCUAG